AUGGCUACCACCUUUCCUGCCCCUCUCCCCCCUCCCAUCGACGCCUCCUCGGUCGACAAGCUGCAACUUGCUGCUGAUCGAUUUGCCAUCAACUGGCACUUGUUUGUUGGCAGCAUUCGCCGCGUCCUUCAGGACACCUUUGUCGGACCCUACUGCGUCCUCAACGUUCUCCUUCGCCAUCCACAGGCUCUCCAGCUGACUGCACCCAAUCACCUUGGCGAACCUCCCACUCUCCCUCCCGCUCCAGGCCCCCCUCCUCUAGAGCCUAGCCUGGGCGUGGCCAAUACCACCGAGCUUCAGGUCGCUGCUGACGCCACCUUCCUCCAUGACUGCCGCGAGUACCUCAUCCGCAAAGCCGACCAAGAGGUUGCUGUACUCAACUACGAGUUUGUGACGUCGGAGCGUGCCACUCGCCUGGCGCUGACUGCAGAGUACAACACCUCCAUGGCGACUUACUCUAUGUUCGAGCGUCGCGACAUCAGCUCCGUCGGUGUUCUCUUCCAGGAGUACUUCACCAUCACCCUCGCCACCUGCGACGGUGCUGACGACUACGUGGGGCGCAUGCAGGAGGUCGCUAAUCGCCUUGCCGCUCAACAGGCUGCCCUCUCCGAGCCCCUGCAGAUUCAUCGUCUGUUCUUCAACCUCACGCCAGACUACGAGUCCCGCCUGCACGCCUUCAUCGAGGCUAACCCCUUGGCUGGCCUCACCGAGGUGACUCAGUGGAUCAUUGACACUGAAGUCAAGCUCCGCACCCCCAUUGUCAACCUCACCACCACUCCUUCCUCCUCCACCUCCCUCAAUGCCACGCAGCCGCGCAACUCGGGUGGUCGCAACGGCGGCGGAGGAGGUCGUGGAGGGGGCGGGGGUGGUGGUGGUGGUCGGGGUGGUGGCCGUGGUGGAUGUGGUGGCCGUGGUGGUGGUGGUGGUGGUGGUCCUGGUGGUACCACUCCUAGAGGUCCCUUGGGAGCUGGUGGAGCUGUGAUCCGUGGAGGUCGCCGUGGGACUCUCCCAGCCUGCACAUACGUUCGCCGCCAUGGUCCCCGCGCCGGCACGCCGUGUGGGCAGACCAACCACCCCCCUGCCACAUGCUUCAAGGCGCUCGAUGACGCCUGGUUUGACCGCGGCAACACUGGUAACCCUCCUCGCUGGAACAGUUGUCCCUGA